CUGAUAUCCCUACUGUCAUCUGUGAUACACCCCAGAAGGCUUUGGGGCUGAUAGAGAAUGUGGAAAAGGGCCAUACCCCAGGCCUGAAGAUGAUCAUCCUCAUGGACCCCUUUGAUGAUGAUCUGAAAGAGAGAGGAGAGAAAUGUGGAGUUGAGGUCUUAUCCAUGUCUGAUGCUGAGAAUCUAGGCAAGGAAAACUUCAGAAAACCCGUGCCUCCAAACCCAGAAGACACAAGCAUCAUUUGUUUCACCAGUGGAACCACAGGUAAUCCCAAAGGAGCUAUCCUAACUCAUCAAAAUAUUGCUUCAAACACUGCUGGUUUUCUCAAAUGUCUGGAGCAUGUUUUCCAGCCUACUCCUGAUGAUGUGACCAUAUCCUACCUCCCCUUGGCUCAUAUGUUUGAGAGGAUUGUACAGGUGAAUAUCCUGUGUUUCUAG